AACGCGGCCUGCGUCACGAUCGUUCACGAAGGACAGUCUAGAGUGUAUAGCAGAUAAAGAAAAGAGACCUGAUUGCUUCAUCGUAGUACACAUUGAAAAAAGUGAAGGGGGGUAUAUACGAAGACAAAUAAUGCGCUUCGAGUUCAUCAUCGUUCGUGUUGUUAAUCUCGCUUAAGUCAGUGGAAAAAUGACAACAAGCUUUAAUGCUACCACGAGAGACUGGAAUGAGACUACAAUUCCUGCAGUGUAUGAUACCACAAUAGCUUCUAGUGAUGUUGACUACAAUUCUAGUAUCUUGCCGAACACAUCUUCUACUGCAUCACCCCAUCAUCACGAUUCCAUUUGGUUGAUGUCUGCCUCGGCUCAAGGAAUAGCGGGAGUGUUUGUCUGGGCAGCUGUGUUUAUUACUUGCCAUCAGAUUUACCAGUAUCUGAGGUUUUACACCCACCCUUCGGAGCAGCGUUGGAUAGUCAGAAUCCUCUUCAUUGUCCCCAUUUACGCCCUCACUUCUUGGUUUUCUCUUCUCUUCUUCCACAAAAACAGCUAUUAUGUCUACUUUGACACAUUCCGCGAUUGCUACGAAGCUUUCGUUAUCUACAAUUUCUUGAGCCUCUGCUACGAGUAUUUAGGUGGGGAAGGCAAUAUUAUGAGCGAAAUUAGAGGCAAACCCAUCAGGUCGAGCUGGUUCUACUGCACCUGCUGUCUGUCGGGUCGGCAAUAUUCGAUUGAAUUUCUUCGUUUUUGCAAACAGGCCACACUUCAAUUUUGCGCUGUCAAACCUUGCAUGGCUUUUGUAACUGUUAUUUUGCAAUCACAAGGCCUCUAUUCCGACGGUGAUUGGAGCCCCCAGUCCGGCUAUCUGUACAUCACGAUCAUCAACAACGUCUCCAUCACAUUGGCUCUCUACGCGCUCUUCCUCUUCUUCUUUGCUACCAAAGAUCUGCUCUCACCCUACGAUCCAGUUCUCAAAUUUGCCAUCAUCAAAUCCAUCAUUUUUUUGUGCUUCUGGCAAGGUGUAUUGCUGGCCGUGCUGGAAACGUUGGAAAUUAUCUCUCCGAUCUAUGGCCCCGACGGCAGUCCAUCAACCAAUGCUGGAACCGUUUCGGCUGGCUACCAAAAUUUCUUGGUUUGCAUUGAAAUGGGUUUCGCUGCCAUAGCCUUGCGCUACGCUUUCCCCGUUACGGUUUACGCCCAGAAUUGCGCUACCGAUUCGCGCGGGCGCACAGUCACCAUGCAAAGUAUCUCGAGCAGCUUAAAGGAAACGGUCAAUCCAAAAGAUAUCAUGACGGAUGCAUUCCACAAUUUUCACCCGCAGUACCAACAGUACACACAAUACAGCGCCAGUGGAUCGGUAUCUCGUGGCGCUGGUGGACGGCCAAGUCGCAAUGGAACAUUUGACACUGACGAAUCGGGUCCUGCCAUUCAUCGUACGACUCCGACUCUUCAUCCGGCACCGUCGACAUCAAAUGCAAUUGCUUCUCCUUCAGUUCCCGUCAAUUCAGGUGGUGCUGCUACGUCUUCAUUUUCAACUACUAUUGCUGCUCCUAAUGCAACUACUUCUUCUGCUACUGCUGCUCAUUCUUCAACAUCGUCAGCUCCCGCCCAGUCAGGCAAUGGAGGUCCUGUUGGGGUCCCUCCAUCGCGUCUCGCUUAUACAGAAAAGACGAUGCUUCUCAGCUCUGAUGACGAAUUCCAGUGAGCUUUUAAAAGCCCCGUCAUACACAGGAACAGCAACUAGACACAUACACACGUGAGGGAUUCACACUUGUGUCCCGCCAUUUCGAUGACAUAUACACACUUACAUAAUAUUAUCGUUACUGAUGUUGUUGUUGUUGUUGGGCAAUCACACACACACAAAAGACACUUAUUUCUUUUCUUUUUUUCCUUUUUUUUUUUUUUAAUAAUACCGCGUCAAAUUUUUCAUCCCUCCCUCUCCUCGAAUGUAUUUGUAAUAAUUUUCCUCUUUUCAUUUUUGUUUACUUAUUGUUUAAGUUCUCUCCGGGUCAACGUACUAUAUGUAAACGGUAUAUAUUAUAAAUAUAUUAUUCAGUGUUGAGUGUAUUUACCUGUUUCUUUUUUUUUUCUUGUUUGUUCUUUCAAAUGUUCUCGUCAAGCGUGUCAUAAUUUAUUGGAUAACGAAGACGCCAUUUUUUGAUAGCUCUUUUUCACUUUUUUCGUUGCAUGCCAUUUUUAAUCAUUCUGCAUUAUCAAUUUUUCUAUUUUUUGGCACCGAAACGAGAUCAAUGUCAAUCCACCCAUGCACUACAUCACUCGCAAUCAUAAUUUCCGUCUUCAGCUGUUCUUGAUUAUUAUUCAAUUUUUUUUUUGUUCAUUGUGUUAACAAACCAGAAAAACGAGGUUGUUUCCAGGAAUGGGAACGACAUUUUACGAACGGGACUCGAAAAAAAAUGUUACUAUUCAUUGUGAUUGAAGAACACGACCGUAAUACACAGGGCAAAUAAAAACCA